GUCAAGAGCACCUACCAAACUUACAGUUCUCGAAUUCAACCCAGCAAUCUUUCCACCCUUCCUUCCCCAGCAGCUUCUCCAGCAAUCAUGACUUCACCGGCGGAUCCUCAUACCAGAACCUGGUCUCACAUCAACGGAUCAUCUCAAGACGUGCUUGACCGCUAUGCCGUGACGGAGCUCUGUAAGGGCUGGCCUGUGUAUCGCGACGCGUCGGAGUGGAAGAACUACCGCUCCCUCUUCACGGAUGAUGCCUGUGUGUGGACGACCUGGAGCAGCGACUUGCCGGUUGACGAAUUCAUUCAAGUCUCCAAGGAGGGCAAGAAGAACGGCGUCUUCAUCAUGCACCGCGAAUGCGGCACUCUGGCCGAGCUCGGCGACAGCCGUACCCGGGCCAUUGGAAAGAUGAAGGCAACCAUCACUCAUCGCUUCAGCGAGGGCGGCGUGGCCUAUGAUGUCGACUGCGACUGCCGUUUCAUCUUCUUUUGCGAAAAGCAGACGGCUACCCAAGAGUGGAAGGCCAAGUACGUCAAGCUGUUCUAUGAGAAGGACAAGGUAGUGCCAGUCGAUGGCCAGACUGUACCCAAGUGGGACAAGUGCGAGCUGAGCACGUAUCCGGAGGGAUAUCGGCACCUUGCGAUGGCGCAGGCCAAACUGGGAUACAAGAUCGACGUGAACCUUCCUACGCCGCACGACAAGGGACUGUGGAAGCGCAUGUAUGGUGAGAUGGAGAACUGGUUGGAAGGCAGAGAGGUUGACCUCCACUGGGCCUAGGACUGAUCUAAGGAGUGGAGAUCGGGUUUUCAUGGUAGUGACGGGUAAUCGACGUUGCGGUUCGAGUGGCUUUCGCGAGUCGUUGGGUUCCCGGCUCUUUGCAAGUUGAGGUUCAAGAUAGACAUCACUUGGCAAUAAUACACGACCCAAAUUGGCAUUG